CAACAACACAAAUUAAUGUUCCUUUCAAGUUGCCUAGCCUACUUCUUCGUAUUUGAGUCUUUAAAAUGUAUAGCGUUAUAAUCUAUUCGUACUCAAAUUUUUUUAAAUAUUUUACGAUGAACGUUCUUAUGGUUCUCGUUGUGUUCGCCAUGAGUUGUGGCUCAGUGACACCCCGGGGGAAUGAAAAGGGUUUUCAGCGUCCGGCCAUAUAUAUUCUUGGAGAUUCCUUAGUUGAUGUUGGUAACAAUAACUAUAUUGAUCAUAAUACAUUUACUAAAAACAAUUUCCGUCCUUACGGAAUUGAUUUUCCGCGCGGGAAACCUUGGACCGGUCGUUAUACCAACGGAAGAACAAUCGUUGACAUAGUAGGAGAAACGUUUGGCGUGAAAGACUAUAUUCCUGCUUACUUAGAUCCAGCAACAGUUGGAGACGUAGUUCUUCAUGGAGUCAACUAUGCGUCUGGUGGUGGUGGAAUUCUUAAUGAAACUGGCAUGAUCUUAGGCAAUCGAAUCAACAUGGAUGCACAACUCGAUAACUUCGCAAAUACAAAGAACUAUAUAAUCUCUAAGUUCGGUGCUCGUGGUUCGAAGAAAUUUCUUGCGAAAUCUCUUUUUGUAGUUGUAAUGGGUUCCAAUGAUUUCAUUGACAACUAUUACAUUCCAUUUCUCUCGAUACCGGAGCAAAAGAUGCUAACCCCAGCAAUGUUUAUCGACAAACUGAUCUCAAGAUUCAGGCUUCAACUAACAAGAUUAUAUGAAAUGGGUGCAAGAAAGGUUGCAGUUGCAAAUGUUGGACCUGUUGGUUGCAUUCCCUUAGAAAGAGCUAUAAAUAGAAUUUUGAAUGCCACAGAAUGGCAUGCGAAAGAUGAUGCGUGCAUUAGUGAAAUGAAUGAUGCAGCAAUGUUAUUCAACAAGAAAUUGAAGAGCCUAGUGAUGGAGUUCAACUCAAAAUUUAUGGAAUCUAAAUUCCUAUAUGUAGAUAUUUAUGGAGUUUUUACUGAUGUUAUCGAUAACUAUCAAUCUUACGGCUUUGAGAAUUAUAGAGAUUCAUGUUGCCAAACACUUCCCGGUCCAUUACGAGGUUUGUUAGCAUGCGAUGCAAAGGCAGAGGUUUGUGCAGACCGAUCCAAGUAUGUAUUUUGGGAUGAGGCUCAUCCAACUGAUGCUACUUAUUACAUUUUUGCAAAGAAGUUGCUGGAGCGCGAUUCUAAAUACGUAUACCCAUAUAGUAUUCAACAACUCUUCUACACGUGAGCGAUUCACUCAGUAAUCGCAGUACUACUGGGGAUGUAACGCAAAUUGUUUCUGGGAACUUCAGGGUUCAAUUCUUUCUUUGGCUCUAUGGAAUCAGCAUGACGAUCCCAAUAGUCUAUUUAUCAAGUCCUUACUAGUUUAUGGACACUAUUCUAGCUAUUUCUUAAAAUGUUGUAACAUUUCGUUUUACAUUGGUUGGCUCUAUUAGUCUAUUAUAGCUGCGUUAAGGUUUCAGAAAACGAGUAGAGUUGAAUGUAACUUGAGAUUAUUGCCAAAGCACUGUGUCACUGACACCUACCGCGACAAGUGGUCCUAAUGGGUGUUUAUGUUCUACAGAAAGCGAGUAACAAUCACAUGAGAAACCCCUACACCACCACCGACUGCAAUCUCAUUGACAUUUUUUUCUUCUGUAUCAAGAUGCAUGUAAUACUGUAUAUCCGGUACUAA